CGGCGUCGGCAGGAAGGGGUAGGGCUGAAAGCAACCCUGCCAGAACGGCUACCUGCCCGCCGCCAACCCUGUCCGCGACGCUUCCCCAGUACUCGGGCGAUCGCUAACAAGACCGCGCACGCGACAUCCUACCGUCGGGGUUGCGCGCUACCGCGUCUUGUAUGCGUGUGCGUGCAUGCGUGUAUCUGUCGCGAGUGCACUACUCGGGGCAGCGGCAUGCCGAGAGCGUUGCCGAACACAGUGGCAGCCAGCAACGUGGGAUUAGCGUGACGUAACCCCGCGUGGCACGCUAAUCGCUCAAUCAACCCUCGUCGCGAGAGGUGCUUGAAAGCGUCACGAUCUCUUGUGCUGGGCGUAGGAGACCUAGCCGGGCCUCCCGGCCAGCAUCUCCGCGAGAUAUGGAAUUAUGUAGGGUCAGGCUAAAUGAGUACAAGAGGGUGCGCGAGUACCUGGCAUGGCUGCGUACUUCGACCGUCCUUCGCAUUGCGUCGCACGACAGAACGGGGUCAUUAGUUACGCGGAUGGUCGAAAAGGGUCGAGCAAAAUCGCUCGGACAGAAGCGAACGACGUAAUUCUGAUUUCGUUUCGAGGCUACGCGCACCGAGACGGGUCGAUCCAUCAUUGUUACCGUUCUACUCGACACCUUGACGACAUAGAUCGAUCCGAUCGACCUAACCGCGUUACGAACGUGAUUUCGUGUUUACAAAACAUGAGAUACACGGAAUCUCUACGAGGAGUCAUGCGUUACUGAAUAGAAUACUCCUGGACGUUUAAAAAACUUCAACUUUUUUUUCGCAAGUCCUCGAGACACUGGCAAUCGAUUCUGAAAUUGUUCACAAACGAUCUGGAGCUUGCGAUUUUUCGUCGCAUUAACUGUAUCCAUUAAAAGAACAGUCACGAUAUCACUGUGAUAGAAAUUUUGAUGGGACACUAAGCGAUACCGUAAAGUAACACCGGCAAGAAAUAUCGGGUUACGAGUGCUUUUGUAUGAUGCAGCGUACAUGUGCGGUAAGGUAAAGUGAAUCCUAUUAAUCAUCUCGUAAAGCGGAUACUUGUGAAAUUUGCAUAUGAUGGAAACGCAAGCACCGGCCAAGCCGCUGGAAGAUAUUUACGGCAACCGUGGAAGAUCAUCCGUUUCGUCGAGCACGGCGAAUCAUCUGAUAUUUGCUAUCAGAUAAUGCUGGGCCAUCAUCGAUAAUGGAGCGAUAAUCCGGCUAAGAUUCGCAUCGCGAAGCUGACCGUUGCAGUCAAGAACGGUCCAUCGAACACCGAUUAGUUCACGGAAGACGGAACGAACCCAGAUUUUUUCCUGACUGAAGUAAUGCUCGGAAGGGCUAUAAUUGGACGUAUAAUUAUAUUUGUGGCAAUCUUUAAUGCUACGAUUUUGGAUCCGGGAAAAAGCAGUUGCCCAAAUUGGAAUAAAUAAAGAGUUAUCAUAUUUCAUCUCUCUUGCCAAUCGUUAAUAAGCAAUUAGCAGUAAGUAAACAAGAUCGAGUCAGAUACUGCCGGCAAGUACUUGUAUAAUACUUAUUUAAAUAUCAAGACGCUUAUAUAUGAAUUGCGUACUAUAUUUGACAUGUGAGAGGAAUUAAGAGAAAAAUCUUUUCUGCUCGCGAAAACACAAAAUUGCUCUUGCGUCGGUGAAAAAAUAUACAGAAGAAAAGUAUUUCCUGUAGUAGCCAUUGGUGCAAAAAGCAUCGACUGCUAAUGCGGACGAAUUGGCAAGGAACAUUGACGACCAGCUUUUAUGUGGCUUGUAGCUGUUGCUGUUACGAGGGAAGAAGAUCGUUAGCAGCGUCGUCCGGAAAUCCUGCGAAAGAUUAAUGAACGGUGUGGUUAACGGUACGGCUACGUCGUGACGAUAAUAGCCGCAUUAGAAUCUGCGGAAAAUUCUUUCUCUCUUUCCGGUCCGGCGGUGGUGAUUCGAGUAGCCGGCUUGAUGUUGUCGCGCUUCCUGCAGGAGCUGUCAUCAGCGGACAACAGGAACGCCGUCGCAGAGAAACGAAAGGCCGACGGUUUGUGAUCGUUUCGACAGCGGGCCGAUCGUUCCCGCGUCACAACCGAUCGCGACAGCGUACCGAUCGUCACAAUAGCUGCCGAUGAGGGUAAUGUGACGAAGGCGGUGAGGGCAGGUGAAGAGAUGACGGUGACGGUGACGCCGUCGACUUCCGACGUCGCCGACAAGGCAGUGUCGACGGACGAUGGCGGCAGCGGCGGUAUGGAAGUGGCGCGUCUCGAGGCCGUCCUCGCCGCCCUGGUGGAAACAAAGGUGGAAGCGAUGAAGGCAUCGUCGACGCUGAGCCGACGUUCCGGUAGCGCACCCGCCAGUCCGCGCCGACCUAGAUUGACCUCGACCUCGACGGCCUCCUCCUCAUUGAACCAUCACCACCACCACCAUCAUCAUCAUCAUCAUCAUCAUCAGCAGCAUCACUCGCAGCAACAGCAGCAGCAGCAUCUGCACAAUAAGAAAAAAGGCCAGCAUCACCGCCAUCGUCGUAAACGUCACGAUUCCGCACCCUGUGGGAGCGAUUAUCUCAACAAUAUGAUGGAUCAUCAUUCUCAGCAUAAGUUAUCUAACGGAAAGGAACGGAGAAAAGCCUCCGAAAGUCCUAGAAGUCCUCGAAAGAAGCGCAGGCAUUCGAGAAGCCCAAAUGUUCUUCAAGGUGUCGUUCAAGACGUUCACACCGGUCUCGAUUCGCGCUUCGAGUUGCUCGGUAUUGACGGCGACCAAGAUGUGGCUCUAAUAAACUUCGAAAGGGCCAAGGAAGUCCUCGGCGACUCCUGCGAAUAUCCACGGCUGCACCGAAGUGCCUGCUACUUUUCCCAAAGCGCAGCUCAAUUAAAAAUUCAUUACGAUGACGACGACUAUGUGGCGUUGAACGUAGCCGACGAGCUGGAGGAAGAAGAGACCCUGAGCGGUCCGGAAAAGGUGGAUGAGCCUCAGGGAAGAUAUCACCGACCACGAAGAAAGCGCAAACGUAAACGGCGCAAAAUCGAUUCCGUCGGUCCGGACGAGGAGCUUGUCGAUCCCGAGGAACUCCCUCCUCGUGCACGAUGGACGAUCGUCGCGACCGCUUGUCUUCUACUCGCCAUGUCCCUGCUCUUGGUCGGUGUCACGCUGCGAAUGGCUCCUAUAAUCGACGACAUGGUACGGAAGGAGAACGAGGAACUGCUAAACUCCCUGAACAGGGACAUUUCCGUGCCUGAGAACGUUACGGCGCCGCCCUAAAGCGGAGUGUUGAAAACGGAAGUGCAUCGCUUGUCUGUCACUCACGAUUUGCUUCAGCCACAUGUGACAGGAUGAUGUCCUCAUCUCGCGAGGCGGUAACUUCACGACGGCAGACAGCAUCGUCGAGGAUCAACGUUGUUUCGUUUUACGAAGUGCGAAACAUCUGGGCGAUUCAGGGGAGAAAUCUCAAGACAAAUGGUGAGAAAGAUUGGCAGUUUUGGCGUAUUCAUCUCUUCAGCAAAUCUCAUCGGAUCGAUAGCACGCUGAUUAGGUGUAUCGCAGUUUUAAUAUGACGCUUCAAAUAUGACGCGUCUUUGUAUACGACGCCGCGGUAAGAUUGUUGCAAAGUAUUCGCGAAAAAUCCGAUCGCGAUAUUCGAUAUAUUAUAUUGUACUGUUGUAUUGUUGCCGCAUGUAGAAAUGGUGUGUGUAUAUAUAUAUAUAUAUACACAUACACCGUAUAUCGUAUCAAUGCAGACUAUGUGCCCUCGAUUCCAGAAGGCUGCGCCAAUAAGAGCUCACUUCGAUCAGACCGGCGUUCAAUCUGAAUUAUUGGUAAAGUUCGGCGCCAAAUUAAAUUACUUAGCAGUAACAUUUUUAUCUGGAUGAAUACGUUUCACAAAACACAAUUGGAAUUGGAAAUUUCUAGCGAAACCGUAAUUAAUCGUAUAUUAUCCGAUAAUUGUUUGGCGCACAUAAUUAUUAUUCAACAUACUCGGUCGUAAUAAUAUCGUACGCAUUAAAUAGUAAAACAUAUGUUUCGCAAAGUGUCUGAUCUGCGUUGAAAGCGAGUCAUAAUUCUUUAAGAUCGCAAUAUUUGGUGAGAGCUCGCGUAGUUUGAGAAAUUCAAUUUGACGAUAAAUCGCGUACCGAAAGCCAACAACGAAAGAACGAUAAGAUAAGUGACACGUAAGAAAAUUUGGUGUCAUAGACGUAGCAUCUGGUCAUUCGUCCGUCAGCGAAGGAAUUGACGUGUACAUGAGACCUCCCUUCUAUACACUUCGAGUACGAUUGGAUGUAUGUACGUGGCCCGAAUCGGGUACACGUGAGUAUCGAUCUGUGUCAUCAACACGCGAAUACGGGCUUCAUACGUCACGGAUUCGCGAGAAAUCGUGUCGCAGGACAAAAACGCGACAUAGAGUGUAACUCCUUUUGUGCUUUUUUAUACGUCUUCCAGGACGCGAGAAAAGACAUAAACUCGAUAAAGGGGGAUUCUCAGUCACUGAUUCUUUAGCGUCGACGACGUUUGUGAUGUUCUCGCGAAUGUAGAAAGCUGUACAUAAAAGAACGUUUGUUAUUAACAUUAUCGUUUGUAGUUACACGUCGAGAGGGUAGUCGAGAUAAGGGCCAAAUUGUUGUUGUCAAUUUGUAAGAUAAACUGUCGUAGAAGACGUUCGUUGAGAUCGUGCGCGAUACAGGAGAAGAAAGGAGAGACAGAGCGCACGAUCAGUUAUUAAAGUAUGUGUGUUUACGUGUGAUCGUGCAUAUGUGCAUUGUUGUAUGUAUAAAAGUAUAGUUUACGCUUCGCACGAAACGGCCAAACUAUUUUUAUUCGUUUCACUUUGCUGUUCUCGGUGCAAUUUCCAAUUUUGCUUUGUGACUAAUUGCUUACAGUUUUAUCGAAUGCUUUUCGUUACGAGUAAUGGCGAUUCAGCAAGAACUUUUUCCGAUACGUAUAGGUAUUUUGAAAUCUCUUUUCACAUAGAAAAUAUUUGUUGAACUUAUGAAUCUUGUACUUCGUGAUUAAGCAAUAUACAUAAUUGCGAUAGUGCGAGACGCGCUGCGUUCCACAAAUUUAUUUAAUUCUGUGUGUGUAUAAGAAAAAAGUGUCUAUUAUUUUUAUAAAAAAGCAUAUUAUCGCUACUCACAGUUAGAGAUUUGAAUUUUUUAUAUCAUAAAGCUUAUUCCGUUACAUUCGUGAUCGAAAUUAUUUUAAUUUGAUAUAUCAGAUUAAAUUUAAUAUUAAAAUCGCUAAAACCGAUGACAUUUCAUGACACUGAAAAGGUCACGUUGAUAUAUAGAUAAAAGAAACUAUAACGCGUGGUGUAUAGAUACCGUUUAUGCUUAACGGAUACAAUCUGGCUUACGCUGAAAAAUAUAACCGACACGUUUCGCAACAAAAGCUCCCUGUGGUACGACAAUGUCGAACUUUGAUAUCGCUUAAGAUCAGAAGAAAUAAAAGUUUCGCGAAAAUCGUAUUCGUUCAGAAAAGAUUUUCUCGCGUAUCGCCCGAUACGAUAAAAUUAUAUUGUUCAGACCGAUAUACGAACAUUAUUCUUUCUUAGAACUGUGACAUUUAUUACAUUUUACAUUUUCGAAACGCACGAAGCGCAUCGGAACACAAAUGCAGCGUUUGCUAUUUUAUAUAUGUAACUUUCUUCUCUGUAUCUUUAUUUUUCUCUCUAUAUAAAAUAUUGGGAUGAGUGUGUGAUAUAAUUAAUCUUAUAAUUAGGGUAUCGUUUUUGAGGAAUUGGACUACAGUCUCGAAUCUCUGCGAGUUUGCUAGCGGUUGCUACAGAAAGACCUUUUUUAUCCGAGAUAACGUACGAUAGCAUGCUAUAAAUACUGUUGGGAUUUAUGCGUGUACACACGUAUAGUGACCAGUCCCUAAUGCCGUUUCCGCGACGUAAAAUUACGCAACGCGUAGAAUAACAGACGCUUACGAACGAGGCAAAUUAGAAUUUUUAUGAUUACUUGUUAUCCGACUCUCGUAUACGUAUACGUCGAAUUUAAGGUAUACGUCUCUGAAACACUAUGCGAUCGCGCGAAGGUAGAUCGACCAGUAAAGAUCGACAAGAAGAAUUUUUCUUCGUCUCUUUCCAAAGACCAAUCUCUUCUCGAUUCGUCAAUUUUCUCGGUGCCAGAAUUAACGCAUCUGCGUCGUUCCGUUUCGCUGUCUAUUCUAAAGGUAACCGUCCUGAGAAUUAUGUUUUACUAAAAACUAUUUCGCUGAUCGCGUUUGAGAUAUCUCUUUGCUUUAUCUACUUAUCUACGAGAAUGACAGGAUGGACGAUAUAGACCGAUCGAUCGCACUGAUCGCACGCUCGAUGAUUGUUCAUCGUCGAAGAAGAAAAACGAUCGGUUUUGAUAAGUACGUCUGCGUCGCACAAUCAAUCGGCAAACGUAAUCGCCGAUCUCUCGCGAUAUGUAUCGCAUAAGAACAUAUAAGUUAGAAUUUAACGAUAAUCAGUCUUUCGGGCGAACAUCGGGCCUUUUUUUCUAGUUAAGAUUAUUGGCACUGGAGAUCGUUACCUUACGGAGACGCAACCGAUAUCGCUGAUAAAUUUGUUAACGUAGUCUUAAAGCAACUCUCAUGGCCGUAGAUCUCUCGCUGGAAUAUUUCGGCUAUAGUUUUCAGCCGCCAAUCGAUCUGGCGAUGAAAAAAACAAAACGCAAUAAAUCGCUACGUUGCGCGUAGACAACCCUUUUCUAUGAGAAUAUAUUUCUCUUUUCUAUCUGUAAUUAGUAAUUUUUAGGAGCACUUGUAGAAAAAGCGUUGUAUAGCGUACGAUUCUUUUCCGCUAUGCCUUUUUCUCAAGACGACUUUUCGUCUUCGUUUUUGCUUAAAAAUUGCUUGGAGAUCACUUGGCCUAACGCGAGAUAUUUGAAUUUAAAAAGCGAGCUAAUAAAUAGUUUAGAGCUCUCGUGGCUGCCUGAUAGUCUCGAAGAAAUCUCACGAGGGCGAAUCGAGUUCGACGAGUGUUUGAGCAUAUAGUGACAUUAAAAGCUUUUAAGGGCAUAAGCACAGAGAGAGAAAGAGAAAGUAAAAUAUAUAUAUAUAUAUGCGCUCGUCACGUUUUUAUUUCUUACGACACUAUAAUCCUACCGAGGAAAAUACAAUCGCGCGGACUUGGCAUUGCAUAACAAAACUCUCUUCUUUUUUUAAGAUUACAUUGUAAUUAAAAUUUAAGCUCCAGAUAUGAGAUGCAUGUGCCAAACCUGUGCGUGUAUGUUACUAUGUACACUUUAGAUUUCCUUCGACAAUUAUAGUGCCGAUGUGAGUACGAUCGCUUGUGUGUGCGUUUUUACGAAAGAAGAACGAGCAUUUCCUCGUCGAGAGAACACAGCGUAGUUCGUUACGAGAACGACAAGCUUAACUCGGGAAUAAGAUCGCUCUCUGAUCGUCGAUUACACGGAAUUGUCAAGCAAAAUGGCUUAUUUGUUGUAUUGCCUUCGAUUCCAUCUUUUCAUUUAUAGCAAUGAUAACGCACUGAGGCGAUAUAAUAUGAUUGACAGAAAGACGUUUUUACUAUAAAAAAAAGAUAAGGCACAAAAGAUAAAAUGUACAAAAUUUUAACUUCAAAGUUUAUCUUUAAAAUGCGAUUAAGGAGUUUAAUAUAAUAUGAUUAUUAAAAUUGUAUGAGAAGAA